UCGGAAAUCAGUUUUUACUAGACUAUACUUGCUAUGCUCUUUGAUCAGUACUGUCUACAACAGAGCAGACAUUUUUAUCAGAUGGUAGGCCGUGCUGUGACUGCUAACCAAGGCGCUAAAUAUGAACAGCUGGCUUCAAAACCAGAUGGCGACGAAGAAGUAAUAAGAAGUAAAGGAAAAGGAAAAUGGUCGGAUAUAUGUGUGCAAAAAAGUCUGUUUUCUUUGGGACUUAUACUAUUUUACUUUUCACUAUCUAUCGGUCUAACAUUUUACCAAAGAUGGCUUUUAAAGGAAGUACGUUAUCCACUCACAAUAGUGAUGUACCAUUUGAUAGUAAAAUGGCUACUCUCAGCAUUUGCAAGGGAAGUUUUACAUUGCAUCACAUUGAGACCUCAGCUGGUGCUUUCAUUUAUGACAUGCUUACGUUCAGUUGGCCCAACUGGAUUUGCUAGUGGCAUUGAUGUUGGCUUCUCAAAUUGGGGACUUGAACUUGUCACAAUUUCUCUCUACACUAUGACAAAAUCAACAACAAUCAUCUUCAUACUUGGAUUUGCAAUAUUCCUCGGCCUUGAGAAGAAGUCUUGGUCGCUGGUUGGAAUUGUUAUCAUGAUCGCUUCUGGACUGAUCAUGUUCACCUACAAAGCGACGCAGUUCAAUCUUCUUGGCUUCUACUUCCUCCUGUUAGCAUCGUUCGCUGCUGGCUUGAGAUGGUCCUUCGCACAACUUCUAAUGCAAAAGUCUAAGCUGGGUCUUGACAAUCCCGUGGACAUGGUGUUUCAUGUGCAGCCCUGGAUGUUCGUGUCGCUGCUACCUUUCACUAUUAUGUUCGAAGGCACCACCUGCUUUGAUUACCUCUUAUCGUUGACUACGGAACAAUUACUACCAACCAUUCUCAAGGUGUCCGUCGGCGCGAUACUGGCCUUUGCUAUGGAGAUCAGCGAAUUUCUUGUCGUCACCUACACAUCAAGUCUCACUCUAUCCAUUGCGGGCAUUUUUAAGGAAAUGUGUAUUUUAAUACUGGCAGUGGAAGUGAGCGGUGAUCAACUAAGCGCUAUUAAUGUGGUCGGGCUGACAGUGUGCUUGUUGGGCAUUAUCGGGCAUAUCAUCCACAAGGUUCUUGUAAUAAAGGCUGUCGCUGGUACUAUGAAGGCUCUAGAUGCGGAUGACUUCAAUGAGAUAAAUAAGAUGAGGAUGCCCCAAACAAAUGGGGACGGUAAACCACUGUUAGAAGACCAUGUUCACUAUAACGGAGUAAGCGAUGAUAGCGAUAUAGAUGCUAGUGAAAUCUUAUACGAAGUGUUACAUCGAAGAGAUGCGAAAUAAACACCUUGGCAACAUUUAAUCGAUCGGAUUCUUCCUUCAAAAUUACUAUAAUCAUGUAACUGUUAAUGGGAAAUUACUGUAAUAAUUUUUUAAUUCUUGUAUAUUCAAAAAAAAACUUUGUCUUUCCCUUUCUAUGUAAAGAUUCCAUAAUCUAAAAGAUUUUUACUUAGGAUGUAGAUUAAGA